GUGUGUGUGUGCGGGUUUGCUGAGGGCGGAGGAGGUCGUCUGUUGCUAGGCGCGCGUCACCUCGGCACCGUCACUGCCCCUCACGUGGUUGCUCGGCGCUGGCCGUCCCAGGCGGCCGCUGGCUGAGGUCACUGCGGGGGACGCUGGGUGACAGGCGGUGACAGGGCCAGCCGGCCGGCGCUCUGAACAAUCUCGCCUCUCAGUCUGACCCCGAGAGGAAGAGGAAGAGGAAGAGGAAGAAGACACAAGGAAGUGGUUUGGAGGUGGCCGGUGCCUGGAUCAGUGUGUCUUUAGCUCCGGGGGCCACGGGAGCAGCAGGGUCUAUGGGAUAGCUGUGGGCGUCCACCAUGCCUGUCGCCGUCCGGAGAAAGAGUUGGGAGGACCACGUGAGCCGCCGGUCAGUCCCGCGCUACAGCUACGACGACCUGGACCUCGUCUGUUGCCACGACGGCAGGAAAGACGGGCCGCGGUCGAGGCGCGGGCGCCGGGAGAGGUGCGCCUCCAUGCCCGAGUGCUGCCAACCAGGGUUCGCCACCGUCGCCACGGACGACGCCACGGCACGAGGUCAGGAGAGCGAGACGGAGAGCGCUGAGACGCCAUUGCCCGACGUGUUUGGGUGCGGUUCUGUUCUGGACAAAGACGUCGUUGCUGACCAGUCGCGGAGGAGCGCAUGUUUGUUGGCUCCCCCCACAGCUGUGGGUGCCACUGCAGUGGACGGUGCCAGUGCUGAGUCUCCGCCGCCUGCCCCGACCCUGCCGGCCAAGAACCCCACCGCUAGCCAGACAGCCGCGGCUAACGACUCAUUAGAUCCCACUAAUGACAACAGCAGCCGUUCCCACGGAGACGACCUUGAAGCAGCAGAAGCGGCCGACUCCGACUGCCCUGCGGCGCGCCAUCCUAACGACCCCUCCGACUCCGAGGCCAGCCUCGCCAGGCCCCCUGACGCUCCGGAUGCCCCGAGGCCUCCUCCUCCUGCCAGCGCUGCCCAGACAACGGUGGCAGCGGGCAGCGGCGACCCUGCCCGACAGGAAGACCAUGGCGCGGCCGUGGCACCGGGCCCCGCUGCUGCCCCGACCGCGCGGGAGGAAGGCCCCUCUCCGCUCGGCCGCCAGGCCGGCGGAUUUGAGGAGAGCGCUGCUCUGAAAGCAGAUCUGCCCGCGCGCGUGCCAAGCGUGGAGUUUGCGGCGGGCGAGAGCGGACGGCUGCAUAAGCCCGCCGACGCCGCCUGCCAGGGGCACAUGACGGAGCAGGCCGAGGGUUGUGAAAGGCCUGGCAGCGCACAAACAGAUUUGGGACGGGCCGCUGCCGCGGACAUUGCGGGCGUGGAUGGUGCCCAGGAGGCACGGGGCCCUGAGGGAUUAGCCCUGCCAGCGGCCAGCGGGGUCACGGGGGGGUCAGCAGCAGCCGCCGCGGCAGAGACGCAGGCCACUCAGAGCAGCUCAGGCAGCAGCAGCAGCAGCAGCGCAGACCGUACCGAACGCUCCCCUCCGCCGGACUGUGAACUUCUGGAGGCGCUCGACGACGACGACGAGGAGCUGAGCGCGACUGGAGCGCGAGAAAGCGUUCCGCCAGAGCCGCCGGUUGGCUCGGAACAUUCCGGACCCGCGGAUGCCUCGCAGGAGAGGCGCCACGAGGGGGGCUGCGCGGGCUCCAAGCUGGACACCAUCCCGGAAGUGUCCUUUAACGAGACCGCCGACGAAACGGGAGCAGCGGAGAGACCGGGCCAAUCGGCGCCGAGCCCCCGGGCACAAACGACGCGGCCCCUGACCGAGGAGCGGAGGGACAGCUGGGGCUGA